ACCAGUUGAUAUUUUCUUCCCUUCGGACCAGCUGUUCAAGAGCAUCCCGGAACAGAGCCAGACACAGUUGAGAUUUGGCUGGGACCUAACACUGGGGCAGAUUUCUCUGCAGCAAUGUCGGUGUUAGAAGAAAGCCGGCCAUUUGCUCAACAGCUAUCUAAUGUCUAUUUUACAAUACUCUCCCUCUUCUGUUUUAAACUUUUUGUGAAGAUCAGCCUUGCCAUCCUUAGUCAUUUCUACAUCGUGAAAGGCAACCGAAAGGAAGCCGCAAGGAUAGCCGCUGAGUUUUAUGGAGUAAGCCAAGGACAAGGAUCCUGGGCAGAUCGAUCACCACUGCAUGAAGCUGCAAGUCAAGGCCGUCUUCUUGCUCUGAGGACAUUGCUAUCACAAGGUUAUAAUGUAAAUGCAGUAACCAUAGACCAUGUCACUCCACUCCAUGAGGCCUGCCUGGGUGACCACGUGGCCUGUGCAAGGACUCUCCUGGAAGCUGGGGCUAAUGCAAACGCAAUCACCAUAGAUGGCGUGACUCCCUUGUUCAACGCUUGCUCACAAGGCAGCGCAAGCUGUGCAGAACUCCUUUUGGAAUAUGGCGCCAAAGCCCAACUGGAGACCUGUUUUCCAUCUCCAACACAUGAGGCUGCCAGUAAAGGUCACCAUGAAUGUCUCGACAUUUUGAUAGCCUGGGGCAUAGACGUUGACCAAGACAUUCCUCACUUGGGAACUCCUCUUUAUGUAGCUUGUAUGUCACAGCAGUUCCAUUGCAUCUGGAAGCUUCUUUAUGCUGGUGCUGAUGUGCACAAAGGCAAGUACUGGGACACACCACUGCAUGCUGCUGCUCAACAACCCAGUACCGAAAUCGUGAACUUACUGCUAGAAUUUGGAGCAGAUAUCAAUGCAAAGAACACGGAUCUUUUGCGGCCUGUCGACUUGGCUACAUCUAACAGUGCUGUAGAAAGAAUACUUCUUCAACAUGAAGCUACCCCAAGCUCUCUUUGCCAACUGUGCCGACUCUGCAUUCGCAACUACAUAGGAAGACAAAGGUUCCAUCUUAUCCCUCAGCUCCAGUUACCAACAUUGCUGCAGAAUUUCUUACAGUAUCGAUAACACAGAAAAUAGUUUCACAUUCUUAAGAAAUCAAAAUUUUCUAUUUUGGUUUCUUUUUAAAAUAUAGAAGAUAAGGGUGAUGAUACAUAUAACUUCACCCAGGAAAGCGGUAAAAUCUAAGUGGAUUUUCAUCUGAAGAAUACUCAUUGGUACUGUUUAUCAAUUUUUACGGUCUUUGGAUUAUAUUUAAAACAUCUAUACCAUCUCAGCAUUCUUGGUGUAUCUUCUUGACUUAGGGGAAAGAUGGGAAUUUAUUCAUUUUAUGUUUUUUUAUUAUAGAGUGGAAAGAAAAUUGCACACUUUUGCUAAAAUAUUAGUUUAAUUAUAAAUUUCAUCCUAUGUUACAUUUUGAAGGAUCUGUAUUCUCAAAAAUGGUUAACUGUAAUUUCAGAUACUGUCAUUGGUUACCUGUGUUUUUAAUAUUGUCAAAAAUUAGAGCAAUUACUAUGCUUUUUGAAAUAAAGAUGACUUAUGCA